UCAGUUUAAAAUCGGGUCCGCAACGCGCAGACGCGAAGCUUGUGCCCGUUUUGCGCGCCAUUGCAAAAAAAAAUUAAGCAUGUUCCCUCUGCGCCGAAUUGGCAACAAGGUGUUGGAGCAAUGGCGGGCACCGGUCGCUGCCGCCAUAAUGCCACAAAAGAACUACAGCACACCAGCGCCCCCGCGGCCUCUAACCAUGCUCACAGAGGACGAGCUGGCCAUGAAAGAGACAAUAAGAAAACUAGCUACAGAACAAAUAGGACCAUUGGUUAGGAAGAUGGAAGAAGAACAUAAAAUCGACGACAACAUUAGACAGUUGUUAUUCGAUAAUGGGCUAAUGGGUAUCGAAACACCGGAAGAGUACAGCGGAUCUGGCUGCGGGUUCCUAACCAUGAUGUUAGUGGUUGAAGAACUGUCCCGAGUGGAUCCGGCUGUUGCCGCGUACGUCGACAUACACAAUACCCUGGUUAACUCUCUCUUCAUGAAACUGGGCACUGCAGAACAGAAGAAGAAGUAUUUGACGAAGCUCUGCACUGAAUAUGCGGGUAGUUUCUGUUUAACAGAACCCACGUCAGGUUCUGAUGCGUUCGCGUUGAAGACUGUCGCGAAGAAGGAUGGUAACCACUACAUCAUCAACGGCUCCAAGAUGUGGAUCUCCAACUCCGAUGUCGCGGGAGUUUUCCUCGUCAUGGCGAACGCUGAUCCCAGCAAGGGUUACAAAGGCAUCACGUGCUUCAUCGUGGAUCGUGAGACUCCGGGGCUGAGCGUGGCGAAGCCCGAGGACAAGCUCGGCAUCCGCGCCUCCGGCACUUGCAUGGUGCACUUCGACAACGUGCGGAUUCCUGAAGAAAACAUCCUCGGGGAAUACGGACAGGGUUACAAGUACGCGGCGGGUUUCCUGAACGAGGGUCGUAUUGGUAUCGCUGCGCAGAUGAUAGGUCUCUGCCAGGGCUGUAUGGACGCCACCGUGCCCUACACGCUGGAAAGGAAACAGUUCGGAAAAAAUAUCUAUUCCUUCCAGGGUAUAAGUUACCAAAUAGCGCAUCUCCAGACGCAGCUGGAGGCGGCGCGGCUGCUCACGUACAACGCAGCCCGGCUCAAGGAGAAUGGUGUACCAUUCGUUAAAGAGGCAGCGAUGGCUAAAUACUUUGCAUCAGAAAUUGCACAAACUCUAACAUCGAAAUGCAUUGACUUUAUGGGCGGUGUUGGAUUUACAAGAGACUUCCCGCAGGAGAAAUUCUUCAGGGACGCUAAAAUAGGCACUAUUUACGAAGGAACCAGCAAUAUGCAAUUGCAGACAAUCGCCAAACUAAUCGAAAAGGAAUAUACACAGUAAUUUCAUAUAUACUGGCAAUUUUUAAUCAGUGUUGCCAUAACUUUACGUAUUUUUGUAUAUUUUAUUGUAAAUAAAUGAAUUUAUUGACUUAA